GCAAAAGGUAUGGGAAAUGAAAUGCGAGCAGGGUUUAUAAAAGAUGAGGUGGUUCAUCGAGUGAUGGGUUAAACAAUGUUCAGAGAGCUAUUUGUGGCCUGCCGCUUCGCACGCCAGAUACAGACAGAACAGCAUGGAGACGCUUCUUUUUCUAUUUCCUCAAUUCAACUACAUGGCCCCAAAGGAGGAAGCAUAUUUCAAAAUGCUUGGUCCAGAAGACUUGCAGGCACCAAAAAUGAAGGACGAUACUAGCAGACAGAAAGACAAGGAGAGGAAGAGCCGACUAAGCCUUUUUCUCACCAAAUCAGGUUCUCAUGAAAACGUCAGUCCCCAUAAAAAGACAAAUACGACACCCAGCAACAUCUCACCAGAGGCAGCUUUGCAAUGGAGCGACUCCUUUGAAGAACUGCUAAAGCACUCAGAUGGGGUGGAAACCUUCUCGCAGUUCCUCAGGACAGAGUUCAGUGAGGAAAACAUUGAGUUCUGGUUGGCAUGUGAAGAAUACAAGACCAUUGAUUCAGAGACAAAGCUGCUGUCCAAAGCCAGAUGUAUAUAUACAGUUUUUAUUGAAUCGGAAGCCCCAAAAGAGGUCAACAUUGAUUACAACACCAAGAUGGCCAUCCAGAAGAGUAUAGCACAGCCCACAAAGAGCUGUUUUGAAGCAGCCCAGAUGAAAGUCUACAGCCUGAUGAAAAAGGACUCCUACCCCAGGUUCCUCCACUCUGACAUUUAUCUGCGUCUCACCAGGAGGAAAGGCCCGGGGUCCACCAUGUUUCGCAGAAGGUCACGUUCCUGUGUAUUCAAUGACAGAGGCGAAGCCACAACUGAACCUUCGGCCUGGUAGUUGUAACAUUGCAGGUGUAAGAGCAUACUAAUAAUCCAUGAAUUGCAGCACAAUUGUUGUAAUGUAAGGUGUGGUGCGGAGGCUUAUUAUCCACAGGUUUGCUUCUGCAUUGUCAUUUUUUAUAACCACAGGGGUCACUCCAUGGCAACUUGCCAGCAAUAACAAUUGAAAGGAAUAUUACGACAUUUUAGGAAAUACGCUUUUGUGCCGAGAGUGUCUAUGGUAAAUAUGCAGCCAACAGCUGGUUAGAUUAUUUUAGCAUAAAGACUGGAAACAGAGGGAAGUGACUAGCCUGGAUCUGUACAGUGGUAACACAACCUACGUACCAGCACCUCUAAAGAUCACUAAUUAACAUGUUAUGUCUUUUUAGUUAAAUCUGUGCAAUAGAUGAAGAGAAAAAAUGACACGUUACAAGAGAUAUGUUCCGGACUAUUUCUUGGAGCAGUAACGUCCUGGAGUCUUCACUGGUCUCUCACAGUGACAAGGAACUCGUGGAAGUUCAGCUAGCUGUUUUCCCUUGUUUCACAUCUUUAUGUUAAGUUUAGCUAGCGAUAGCUUUGCAUCUACCAUGCAAACAUGUGAGUGGUAUCAAUCUUCUCAUCUUCUUCAUCUUCUGGGCAAGAAAGUUAAUCAGCGUAUUGCUCAAGAUGUUGAACAAUUCCUUUAUACUAGACACCUGGAUAACUGCUGUCACCAUUAGCCUUUCAGCUAUAAGAAGAAGAAGUUUUGAAAUAGAGGCCACUAUGUCAGAGGCAUGUGGUUAUCUGAAAAUAAUGGACACCCUCUGGCCAAUCGGAACUGAGUAAUCUCUGUGGCCAUGGUAUAAAACCAGAGUAUUCUGCAGGACUUUUGGAACAAGAGGCACUGCACUGCUUGUGGGUUUGAACCUUAAUUGGUGUUUUUAUAUUUUCUCAAAUCUUGCGAAACUUGAAUGACAAUGGGUUGGUUGGGGACAGAAUCUCAGCUGAAGUGCCUUAAUGCUACUGACAGUAUUCAGCCAGCCAUGCAGACAGCCACACUGAGGCCACUCUCCUGACUUCAGACACAUUAUGCUUCAAGUGCUUUGUCUUCCAAUCCAACAAUAGCACCUUAUACAACAUUAAUACAGUUGAUAUGGCGUACAAGCUAAUUUGACCGUAUCUCAUUAAAAUGGAUUCAGGAUUUUAUCCCUGCCUCUGUCCAACCCCAUCCAGACUAACUUACAGCGAAAGCCUGUAGCCACUGUGACUGCAAAGCACUGAAAUCUUUUAAUGAGGGAUAUAGCUCUCAUUUCUGUUAAUAAAAUGCAUCCCAAUUACACACACAGAUGCAAAUAUCUUAUUUGAAUACUAAUUAUGAUUGCUGUUUUUCAAUUUGCUACCAUCUAAUAUAACUUAUGUAUUACUAUGAUCACAUGUGUUGCCUUGCUGUUGUAAAAUGUAUAUACUAUAAUACGUGGAGUAACUCAAAUAAACACUUUCUUAUAAAAGAA